AUGGCACAGGGGAUGGUGAAGGAGCGAAAUCGAUGCCGAUGCUAUUUACCCGUCUUCCACAACGCGAAGGUUACUCCUGCUCAUCUCUCCACAGCUGGUUUCUCUGUUGAUCGCCUUAUCGCUCUAAAGUUGCCGGAUCAUCACACUCAUAAAUCGUCGCAUCACAACUGUCAGCAGCCGAAUCCGUGGCAUCAGACCGGCCAUCACCAUUGGACGAGCGAGACCAUCAUGCUUGGCUCAGAUCACUCGUCAAUCGACGUUCAAGUUUGA